UGUCGCGUACAGUGUUGGAGUUCUGCAGCAAUUCGAUGGAAAAGUGAGGAAGGAAUCGUGUCUUUCCAUCUGAUGCUGAAACCAGACGGCGCCCACCUUCAUUCCACGAUGGAAUUCUUUUACCCCAAUAGAAAAAUAAGGACAUACUCCACGGCUUUGUGCGCUCUACGCAAUCCUUAAAUUGUUGCUACAUUAAGCCUGUAAUUGGGUUGGUUAAGUUUCAUUUCAUCGCUCCCUUUGGCUUUGAGUAUUAGGUAGCUCUGGCUGUAUGGCUCGCUUUUGCACCGUAAAGAACAUUUCUUGAAUUUACCUAUUGCUUCCAAGCUCUCUUCUUUUCAGGGUGAUUUUUUUUUUUAAUUUAAUUCAUCAACGUUUUCGAAUCCGAGGUACACAAAACAUUUGCUCGGCUUGUUUUACAUUAUUUUCUUAUGAUCUGUUAAUAUGUGAGAACAUGUUAUUGAAUUUUUAAACAAAAUAUCGAGUAUUCAUGUUUGUUGUCUGUAACCAAGUUCGGUAAGCUUGGGAAAUGGGUAUGUAGUUAGACAUAUUUUUGUUGUAAGAUGGAUUUGCAGGGUAAUUCUCAGCCUGAAUCGGGAAAACUGGAACAAAUCGUUUCCCAAUUUCUAUUAAAGAGCUUACACAUUAUUCUGGACUCGAGGGUUCCUUCUCGUCGUCCACAUGGUCGUAGUGGGGACCUGUCAUCGGCUUCUCAUGUGAGAAAGAGUGACAAAUGGUUCAACUUAGUAUUAGGUGACCGUCCUGCAGCUCUGGAUAACUUGAGUUUCUGGCACAGAAAUCUGAUGGAGCCAAUGAUAAUCGAUGUAAUACUGGUUCAUGAAGGUUCUAAAUCAAUGGGGGGAUCUGUUGAGACAGUUAUAGAGAGGUGGGUUGUUCAGUAUGAAAAUCCACGAGUUGUGGCUGCUCAAACUCGUGAAAGUUCUGCCUUAUACAAGAAAGCAUACAAGAAGUCAAUAAUACUUUUACGGGCUCUUUAUUCACAAAUGAGGCUUCUCCCAGCAUAUAAGAUCUUCCGGCAGCUAAGUAGAUCAAGUCAGACUUAUAAUUUUGACAUCAUUUACAAGGUGCCUUCAUUUGGUGAUCCAUUCUCAAGGGUGGACGAGGAAAUGAUGGAGGAACACAGUUUCAAUCAUGUGGAGGCCUUCCCUGGCCGCCUUUGCAUAUCUGUGGCAUACCAUAAAACACUAACCGACUUUAACCUUGAGCCUUCAACCUCAUUGCCACCAAAGAUUAUUACAGAUUAUGUUGGUAGCCCCAACACCGACCCUCUGAGGUUCUUUCCCUCUUUGGAGAAGGGUGUUCGUGCUAUUUCCUUUCCAUUGAGAGCAGUACGAGCUCCAUUUCCUGUGCCAUUUCAACGUCCACACAGCUGGACAAGUGGCUUCCACAGAGAAGCUUUUUCUGCACAAAAUCAACCCGUUGUUGGAUCUCCACCUGCAUAUCGCCCAUCUGCUUUGCCAUAUGACUGCCCAUCUCCACCUACUGAUAUAUAUAGUAAUAGAGUUCCAAAUUAUAGAAUGCCAAUCCAUCAAAGGACUAUUAGUUAUGAUGGUUAUCAGCUUUCACCUCCAUUCUCUCCAUCUCCAUCUCCGUCUUCUCCAUCAUAUGUCUCCACUGGUAAUCAUCCUAUGCGAACACGUGUACGUCCAGAAACUGCUCCUGUAAGUAUACCACUUUCAAUGGCGAGCAGGAAUUCUAGAUACCUUUCUCCCAAUUAUUCUGAUCCAAGUAGAAUUUCUCUCCCACCUUUAUCUCCCAGAAGCAGAAAGACUGAUCCUUCAUCACAGGAGUCUCCUUGUGGAACUCCAUCUUUUAGGAAAAUAGAGUCUUUAAGGUCUGGAGAGAUGCAGAAUCAUUAUGCUGGCCAGAAGGUAUUAUUAUUAGUUUUUAUUAUCUCCACAAGUGCAUUUGUUGUUUAUGGGUGUUGAGGUCCCUUUCCCUUC